AUGAUCGUUGGAUUGGACACCGAGUGGAAAAGGCUCGACGACGACGCCUGCAUGAUGGCCCUCUUGCAGUUGUGUGUCAGAACUCGUGUCCUUGUGUUCCAGGUCCUCUAUGCUGCCUGCUGCGACCUCCCCGAAGUCUUGAAGAGGUUCCUGACAAAGGAGGACCACAUCUUCACCGGUGCACACAUCGAGAACGACGUGAAGCGGCUGCGGGACGACUUUGGCAUCACAAUAUCCAAUCCGAUUGACCUCCAAUUGGUAGUCCCCGAAGCCGCUUCUAGAUUCAAGUACCUUUGCGGACCCCAUCCCAAGUACAGAGUUCGUCAUUCGUCGCUCGAGAAGAUCGCGACAGAGGUACUACGCCUACCUCAUCUCAAAAAGCCAGGGGGCGUCGAUUACAAUAACUGGGACACAAAGUAUUUGCACAGAUUGCAGGUGGAGUACGCCGCCGUAGACGCGUACCUCUCCUACGAGAUCGCGAAGCAAUUGGAGAUCAUGGAAGACUUUAAAUUUGUUUAG